CAAGAAAGGUGCUCUGCAAGUUUCUUUCUUCUUUUCUUUUGGACAAGAAAGUAAUUUCGUCUAUCCGCCCGGGGACAAGGAACACCGUGAAACAUGGCUGCUCUUUCAGCCUGGUUCUGGAACGAGAGGUUCUGGUUGCCACACAACGUAACCUGGGCGGAUCUGGCGGACCCAGCUCCCGGGGUGGAGUACCCCAAAGCUGGACACUUGCUGACUGCCUUACCGCUGGCUUUGGGAAUUUUUGUCGUCCGGAUAUUUUUCGAAAGAUUUAUUGCAAGUAGCUGUGCCCGCAGUCUACAUAUCCAUCCUGGUGUUGGGCGGAGAGCUCAGCCCAAUGCAGUGCUGGAGAAAGUGUUUACAUCCAUCACACAGAAUCCAGACUCUCGCCACCUCAGUGGCCUCUCCAAACAGCUGGACUGGGAGGUGCGAAAGGUCCAGCGUUGGUUCAGACACCGCAGGAACCAAGAUAAACCAAGCACACACACUAAGUUCUGCGAAAGCAUGUGGAGGUUUACAUUUUAUUUGUGCAUAUUUACCUACGGGCUCCACUUUCUUUGGCAGUGCCCCUGGAUGUGGGAUACACGGCAUUGCUGGUACGGUUAUCCCUAUCAGGUCAUGACUCCAGGUCUUUACCACUACUAUGUGACAGAGCUGGCUUUCUACUGGUCACUCAUGUUCUCCCAGUUCACAGACAUUAAAAGGAAGGACUUCCUCAUCAUGUUCAUCCAUCACUUGGCUACUGUCUGUCUCAUCAGCUUUUCCUAUGUUAACAACAUGGCGCGAGUAGGAAGCCUGGUGAUGUGUGUCCACGAUGCCUCUGACUUCCUGCUAGAGGCCACCAAGCUGGCCAACUAUGCCAAGUACCAGCGUUUGUGUGACUCCCUGUUCAUUUUGUUUAGUGUGAUAUUCUUCAUCACACGACUUGUUAUAUAUCCAAUAUGGGUCCUGAACUCCACUAUGUUUGAGAGCUGGGCCAUAGUGGGGCCGUACCCUUCCUGGUGGGUCUUCAACGUCUUACUGCUCGUGCUCCAAUUGUUGCACAUCAUCUGGGCCUACCUCAUAGCCCGGAUAGCUAUCAAAGCCAUUAUGCGGGGCAAGGUGUGCAACGAUGUCCGCAGUGACAUCGAGAGCAGCUCAGAGGAAGAGGCCGCCACGCCCUCAGACAGCCUUAAAGCUUCUCCUCACCCUAACAAAGGAGAGAACGGCACUAACGGCCACUGUGCUGCUUCCAAAGCCUGGGUGCAGAACCACAACAGCUGGUGACACAAAGCCUGACGCUGGGAGCUCCCUGCAGUCCGUCCCUCGUGUGUUCAUGUCUUAUGACACACACACACACACACACACACACACACACACACACACACACACACACACACACACACACACACACACACACACACACACACACACACACACACACACACACACACACACACACACACACACACACACACACACACACACACACACACACACACACACACACACACACACACACACACACACACACACACACACACACACACACACACACACACACACACACAGGUGGAUAAAGAGACGCUGAUAUCUGCUUUAAGGAGCCCUGUAACGAUGUGGAACACAGAGAACACAGACAUAUGGAAAUCAGUUGAAGUGAGUGAUUUGCAUUGCCUUAUUUUUCAAGUUAUGGGAUUUAUUUGCUGCCAGAUGUUUGUUGGUGUCAAUGUUCUGUCCCAGUUUUAUUGGUCAGAUGAACUUGGUUAUUUUUGUGUUAAGGGUUGAUCACACUGGACCGUGAGGGGGCUGAAAACUGCUUCUUUUAAAGUCAAAACUUUGAAGUGUGUUACAUUUCACAGCAGGUAUGGAACAUAAACAAAGAUGUUGCUAUAGCUUUGGUUUUUAUCAGCGCUUUAAAGAAGGGCACCUACUGUGUGUAAAGUGCAGUUCUCUCGAAACGGCAGUUUUCUGCCCUGUGAGAUUUAUCCUGGAGUUACCCUUUGAAAUGCAUCGUUUGUGAUUUGUUUAUUUCUGUUUUAAUGUUUUUUACGACGACUUUUGAGACCAAAUGUUUAUGAAAUUGUUUGACGUCACUGCCUAUAGAGGAAUCCAGGUAUAAGAACUUUACCACAUGUCUGGUAUCGUGCUCUCACUUGAGUGCCUUAAAAAAUAUAUUUCCAAAUAUAUUCUGUUGUAAAAACA